AUGUCAGCGGCGGCACUUCUCGGUCGUGAACGUAAAAUUCUGAAACACGUAUAUAAUCGCAAAUCUCAGGAACUUCUAAGAUUCUACAACCUUGCCUUUAGCUAUGAGAAUUUACCUGAAGAAAUUCCUGUUACUUUUAUAUUUAAGAUAAUGUCUCUGUCUGACAGUGCUGCCUCUUGCCACUGCUCUGCUGAGUCCCUGGUCCGACCCAGGUCUGUGGAGACGGAUAAUGGCCUUAACAUUGAGAGUACUUACAAAACUGAUAAAGGCAGCUCCAGUCUUGACUCUGUCAGUGAUGAAGAGAGCCUGCGUCGGCAUCGUCACAGCAUCCCAGGCCAUCUCAGCUCCUAUCUCAGCUUUCUAACAAGUCUGCAACAGAAAGCUGCAGCUAUUGUGACACCUGCAGUCCCUGUCUUCUCCACUGCUGUUAUAUCAGGGUCUACUUCCUCUCCUGACCUUCGAGAUAAUUUCACAGGUCUCUCCUUUUCAUCCAAUAUAGAAGGGUUAGGAGGCGUACCUCCAAUCAGGCCUCUGGAAACUCUACACAAUGCUCUCUCCUUGAAGCAGCUGGAUGCCUUCCUAGAACACAUGGCCCUUGCACAGUUUCGUACGCCACUUUCAUCACCACCAAAGAUGCCCUCGACCCCCAAACAGUCAAGAUCACAGCCUCCUCCUCUAGGGUUACAGUCCCCCUCGUCUAGUAUUGGCUGGUCUGGACCCCCCUCCUUCGUGUCGUCUUCUGGCCCCUCCUCCCCCAACCUCACCACACUGGAGUUCUUCUCACACGUGCACCAACGCUACGACACCUACAUGCCACCAUCAUCCUCACCAUCACCACAGCUUCUAUUGCCCUUAAAUCUCCACUCUACCAACACUGCCAAUACAACUGCCACCACCACUGCCAUAUCUAGUGAGCUCACAACUCACCUUUCUUCCUCUAUCACUAAAGCUUUCAAUACUAGUAGCUUUGUGGCACUUCCUAUGCCUCCCAUUUCUACUACAGAUAGUGGUGAAAAAACUUCUCUUACUGAUGUGGCUGUUACAGCAGCCACAGUAGUUGAGAAUUUGACUGAUAUUUCUUCCUUUUGUGAGAAGGAAGAGGCUUUAUAUGCCUCCUUCUCUGAAAGUAGUGCAGGGGAAUUUUUUGACUGUGAAGGUGACAUGGGCACUGCCUCAGCAGUUCUUCCAUGGGAGGGAAGUUGUCCUGCUUCACCCUCUGAAGGGUCAGAGAGUCUAGGAUCACACUCUCAGACAGAGAUGGGAUCUGUUAUUGAACGUGGAGACACAGCCACCCCGGAUACUCAUAGUGAAGCUCAAGAGCAAGAGUCACUUAGUAGUGAGAAAUUCACUGUAGAGGAGGAGACUUUGCUACAUAUAUGAAUUGAGAUUGUGGCUUCUGGCUAAUUACUGUUAAUUCCUGCCCUAUUUUAGCAACUGAAAGGUAUAUAAAUAUUUUUCAGCAAUAUUUGCAUUUAAAUUCAGGAAAAAGAACAUAAUUCUUUCUUAUGGUACUGUCUUGGCCCCCACAGAAGAUGAGUUACUGGAAUAUUGUAGUAUUCUUUUUGCUUUGACUUUUCACUGACAGGAAAGUAAUUAACUCAUUAAUAUAUAUAGUUCAUUUAUUUGAAUCU